AACUGAUACCUCACUGAUAGCUGUUGAGAUGUUUUCCUCUGGUAGCUGUGAUGAUGCCUCACCACAAUUUUCCACUGACUUGAGCUGUGCCAGAAGUGUCUCAGUGCUAUCGUACAUUUUUACUACUUCAGAGAAUGCACUGUGACUUAUUUAUUGAUUAUUAAUUCAAUAAUUAUUGUUGAUCAUUUUAGUUGACUGAGAGGUUUGGAUUUAUGCAACUACCAGGAUGAACAUCUUUAUUAUUUUCUUCAGUCUAGUUCUUGUGAGUGCACUGACAGGCUCAGCUGCAGAUGAGAAGAAGAUCAUUGUGUUCAGUGGCAGCCCUGGAACAUUCUACUGUACAGAAUCAAAUAACAUUGAGAGAUGUUGGUGCAAAUCCAUCAGUUACUGUAAUAACUUAAGCACUUCCAAAUACUCUAGGUAUGAGGUAGAGCCUCAUUUGGGAAACUCAAAAAUCACAGUCCUUGACCUAUCACCGUUUGAUUUUGAUCUCUGUUACCGAUGUGGGAAGCAGGUAUAUCAUUUUGAAGUGCGUCAAGAGAAUUGUCCAUCUGUUGUGAUUGGGAAACUUGGAGGAUCCGUUAUGAUGUCCUGUACAUCUGACCAGAGGUCUUCAGAGCGUCAAUACUGGUGCCGCAAAGAGCAGAACAGGAGCUGCUCUAAAGGGAAUCUGAGUAAUUCAUCAAAAGAGAUUCCAGAUGAUUCCAAGGGCACGGUUUUCCUUGAAAAACAUGAUCUACGCACUGAGGACAGCGGAACGUACCAAUGUGUAUUUAAAUAUGGUAAAACAUGUAACGUCAACCUAGAGCUACUUCAAAGCCAGAAUGGCCUCCAUGCACCUACGACCUUCAACGUGAUGCCGGGACAACAAGUCAAAAUUGCCUGCAAAUAUAUUCAGGAAUACGUGAAUGCAUCAAAAUUCUGGGAAUGUUCCACACAGCACACAAAUAGCAGCUGCAGCACAGAUUUCGAGGUUGAGGAUGACCGCUCUCGGUCUGAGCUGGUGUUGACAAUUGCUAAUGUCAGGACUUCAAUGAAUUUAAAUGUUUACACAUGUAAAGUCGCAACGUCUGGUGGAGGUUUUCACAGUGUCAGUACCACGCUCAUGGUUGGACUGACAGCACCACAUACUGCGACUGGCACAAGAAGAGGCCGUGUGACAUUACGCUGUCAAUACGAAAAUGAACAGUAUUAUGCUUAUAGUAAAUACUGGUGCAAGCUGAACUAUUUAGGGGAAUGUGGCUUUUUUUUUAGUAAAAAUGAACAGCAAUACAAUUACAAUAAUAAAUGGAGUUUUGUCGAGGACCCCAAGUUCUUUGACCUCAUAAUUGAACGUCUUCAGACAGGUGAUGCUGGAACUUAUCGAUGUGGUUUUUAUAGACAAAAUUAUGUUCAUUCAAUAAAGGCAAAUGUGGAACUUUCCAUUAUAGAGCCAAGGAAUCCACCAACAACAACGAGAAAGACAAUCAUAGAAAGAAAAACCAGAAGUCCUACCAAGAUUGUGUUGAACACACAUGAAUCCAGUUUCAGAUCAAAUUCCCUGCUCUAUGGCAUCUUCUUUCUUCUCACAGUCAUAGCUGUUACUCUUCUGAUCAUACUAGUGAAACUGUACUGCAAAAGACGCAGGGAGCGUGUGCAGAGUCCAGACCUUGGUGGAGGAACAUUUCAGAUGAAUGAUCUCAAAACCAACAUCCACCUUUUAAGCCCUGACCUGCCUCUCCAUCAGCAUCCCUACACUGGAACUAUGGAUAAUGAUUCCUCCUCUACCAGCUCAGAAAGCUCAGGUCAUUCGUUCGGGAAUAUAUCCUCCGGCCCUCGACCUCAGUACCUGACGAUCAUACCCUGUCCGAGAGACCUGGACUACGAAAACGUUUCUGAAGGAAUGCAUCCGGCUCUAUCAGACUACGAGAACGUGACUACAGACAUGGAGCAGGACUACGUAAACGUGUCUGAAGCCCCAAACUCAUCUUUUACUGAGGAUGAAGAGAGCGAGAGCUGCCAGCCUACCGAAAACUGUGGCCAGAACGACAACACCAGCGAGAGCAGCAGCGACGAGAGCGACGAAGAAGCGGUCAAUUACACCACCGUCGUCUUCACAUAAACUACAGAGUAGGUACUCAAGGACACCAAUGACUUUAAGGCUAUCUAUUUUUUUUAGGUGGGGGUUCUCUAGCAACUUUAUUUGGCCACACCUUUAAAGACUUCUUUCUUCCUAAUUUGGAUUCUGAAUUUCAGCUCAGAAUUGCAAAUGAGAUGGUUUACGAUUGUAUUAAAAGCCAACGCAGUCAGAAGUAGCUACUGCUGUGGACGAAAAAGUGACCAGAAACCCAACAUUACAACAGGCUAAUUUAACUUUUUUACAGCUAUUUACAGAAUUGUAUUAAAUACAGUCCCCUCCAAAAGUAGGCCGAUCCCUUUAUUUCUGCUGCCGACUGAAAACAUUUGGGUUUGACAUCUUUUAUUUCCAGUUAUUUACAUCAGGAUCUGUUACACAUUUCAGAAGACAGCACCUUCUGUCUGAACCAACCCAUGUUUCUUAUAAGCAAAAGUAUUGGAAGACUUAAUAUUUAGUCGCAAAUCCUUCGCUUGCAGUAACUGCAUAAGGACGGGGACCCACUGACAUCACUAACCUUCUGCAUUCUUCUUCUGUGAUGUUUUUUUUUUUUCAGUGGGUUUGGUUCAUUAUCUAUUAUCGAUUCAUGUUUUUCACUUGCUUUUUUGCAACACUCAAAAGAUCACUUCAGUUUCUGAAUCAGUUUCUCUGAUUUUGCUAUUUAUAGAUAUAUGUUUGAGUAACAUGAACAUUGUUGUUUUAUUCCAUAAACUACAGACAACAUUUCUCCCAAAUUCCAAAUAAAAUAUUAUUAUUUAGAGCAUUUAUUUGCAGAACAUAAAAAAGGCUGAAAUAACAAAAAAAUGCAGAGCUUUUAGACCACAAAUAAUGCAAAAGAAAGUUCAUAUUCAUAAAGUUUUAAGAGAUCAAAAAUCAAUAUUUGGUGAAAUAACCCUGGUUAUUAAUUACAGUUUUCAUACAUCUUGGCAUGUUCUCCUCCACCAGUCUUACACACUGCUUUUGGAUUACUUUAUGCCACUCCACAAGCCAUUAAACCAAGAUGAACUGCUUGAAUGUUUGCACCAGAUCAUCCAUAGUCCUCUUGAUUAUAUUCCAGAGGUUUUCAUAAUUUUUAAGUGGUCUCUCAUUUUUUCCAGAGCUGUAUUUACGCUUGUUUCGUAACACAGCAACAUUUUUGUGCUGUAUUCAUAACACUCUGAUCUUUUCGUCUUGUGUUAGUAUCACUUCCACCUUUUUGUGUUCUGUGUGAAAUGUUAUAAAUAGUUAUAAAUACUGUAUAUCAUAAUAAAUUGCUUGUUGCAAUGUGGGGUUAGCAUAGCAGUAGCAACAUUUUAAGAUAACUGGAGUUCUACACAAUCUUUUAGUGUGUUGUGUUGGAAUACUAAGCUGUUAAGUGUAUUUAACAUAAACCGAAAUAAGGUAAAUAUUGACUGGAAUGAAGUUUGUCUACCAGCAAAAGGACUGAUUUUUUAAUUUCCUUUUAUUUUUUAUUUUUACAGCUUUGUAUCAAACUCUGCAUUGCAGUUUGCCGACAUGAAUGUGUAACAUGACAGUAUUUUCAGUGCUUAUUUUGGGAAGGGGGAAUACGUUCACUGACGGUGCACAAGAAAAGAAACAGAAACAGUUAAUUCUAGGUAUGAAAUUCUCUAAAAACCAAAGAGAGCCUAAAAUAGUUGUUUUUGAUCUGAUAAAGUUCUCUUAGUUCUGAUUACAGUCAUCGUGCAGUCUUACAUCCUGUGAUGAAGGAACAAGUAUGAGAUUGUAAAUGCCAGCAAGUAGACUUACAUAGGAAGUUUUUUAUCUUUUUUUUUUAGUAUUUGUACAUUUCGUGUGCACUAAUUAUAAUUAAUACUUUCUACAUCACUGAUUUCUUGUCAUCAUUGUUCCUAUGUUUCUAAAAACUCAAAUCAAACAAAAAACAGAUUUGAAAGGUUGCAAACCAAUUUCCAAGGCUUUGGGACUCCAGCGAACCACAGUGAGAGCUAUUAUUCACAAUUUGAUAAAACAUAGAACACUGGUGAACCUUCCCAGAAGUGACUAGCCUACUGAAAAAUAGAGAUGUCCUCCAAUAGGGCAUGGACAUCUCAUCCAGGAGGUCACAAAAGAACCCAGAACAACAAUAUAAAGAACUGCAGACCACACCUGCCUCAGUAAAGGUCAGUGUUGGAGAGUUUCAAGGCAAAAAACACUGCUGACCAAAAUUAAUACAAAGGCCUUGAUGAUCAUUUUGAUGAUCCCCAGGACUUUUGGAAAUGUGACAUAAAAUGAACACAUCAGAAAAGAAGAAGAACAACAUACUGAAAGUCAGACUAUAAAAAUAAAAAUAUUGUAAUUUAGAGCAUUUAUUUGCAGAAAAUGAGAAAUGGUUAAAAAUUAACAAAAAAAGAUGCAGAGCUUUCAGAUUGUUGAGCAGAUAAAACAUGAACUUUACCAUCUGCAAUCAAAGAAACAUCAAAGACAUCAUUUCACACUUGAGGCUUAGAUGCUCCAACACUGCAUCUAAUAGUGAACCUGUGCAGUUUAGUGAUAAUCUUGUGAAAUCUGGGCUGACAUGUAAUCGAUGGUGCAAGAGCGGUGUUAAGUGUGUCGAUGCAUGAAAGCCGAAAUAUGUCUGGGUCUGGUUUCAGAAUCGGCCGCAAAUGGAAAAUAUGAGUCCUUAUCUUCUGGGUCGACCUCAGUGGCUGUGCAGUCGUAGCAUGUGACCACAGGGUGGUGUGAGAAGCCAGGAAGAUGAUGGUGGCAGAUUAGAGGAGCUCUAUAUACACUAGCAGAUAAACAUGAACCUGUUGGCAUCAUGCCUACUGCCACAACUUCACAAUCAUUACCACUAUAACAACAAUAAUUCACGUGGACUUGCCAUGAGCACACUGGCCAUGCUGGUUCCCUAAUCUUUAAGCUGGUAGACCAUCUAAACUACCAAACUCGAAAGAAAUACAUAUCUGCUAAGACAUCUUAGUUUAAGCCUGACUAUGUGCCGCACUUUUGUAAAAUUAAAUAGGCUAUUUUAAUUAAAUGUACAAAAAACACUCUGAAAAAAUACAGCAGUCUAUCAGGAAAAGUCAUGAGAGUGAAGUUGUAAUAUUAAAAGGAAAAACUAGAUUAAUUACUUGGGCUGCCAGAUUAAGAUGCCCAGAGGAAAAGGAGCAUUUAAUGCUAACAAUCUGUUACAGGGCUGCUGUGAUUAUCAUCAGUUAGUUACAUUUAUAACCUGCUGCUUAUUAAUGCUCCAGUGUUACAGUUAGAUAAUACAGUCUCCAGAUUUUGCAAGGUGUCACUACCAGAGUCUAACCAAUCUUGCGCUUCAGCACUCUUGUCAUGGCAGGAGAGCGUGGGUUGAUUUGUGGAUGUAUUCUGCUGCUUAACUUUAGUUAUUGCGAUCAAAUGAACUUAAAUACAAACAAUUCCAGUUAUGAAUAAAGGAAAAAAAGCUUUUACUGA